UCUCUCUCUCUUCACGAUACCUCUCUCUUUCUAUAUAUAUACACGCGUGUGUGCCUAUUACUAUCAGAAAAAUCAAGUCACGUCUUAGAGAGGGAGAGAAAUAAUGGGAGAGAAGAAGAGGGAGCAGAGACUCGAAAAGGCAGCCAUUGAAGGGGGAAACGGCCUCACUGACGAAAAUACUUGAAGAAGAUCCGCUGAUUCUUCGACGAGUAAUGGUGGGUGGUUCCGUCCACACUCCUCUCCACGUGGCCGCGAACUGGGGGCACCUGGAAUUUGUCCGGAAGCUGUUGGAUAACAACAAGGCACUCGCCGGAGUGCUGGACGAGCGGCGGCAGUCGGCCCUCCACCUGGCGGCGGCCAACGGACACGACAAGAUUGUGGAAGUUUUAGUGGAAGCUAACGCCAACAUGUGCUUGACUCCGGACGGCGACGGCAGAAAUCCUCUGCACCGGGCGGCCGUGGAGGGGCACGACUCCGUAUUGAGUGUGUUCUUUGAGAAGAAUCCCCAUUGGAUUCAUGAGAUGCUCAAAGCCAUAGAUGGCGGCGGCAACACCAUCCUUCAUCUGGCUGUCAUGAACAAGAAAUCUCAGGUUGUGGACUUGUUGCUUGUUAAAAUAAAAGAUGAAAUGAAAAUGAAGAACAUACAAGAGACAGAAAACCCCUUAAACACGAUAAACAAAUGUGGGUGCACGGCUCUGGACAUUAUGGAGAGAGUUCAAUCUCCACCUCAAGAUUGUAAAGAAUCCAAGAAGAAUUUUCGAAAAGCUGGUGCCUUGAAAGCUGCUACCUUGAAAGUCGAUGAGCUUCUAUCCAAGAGGCAGAAUGCAUUGCUGGUGGCGGCGUCGCUUAUGGCAACCAUGGCUUUUCAAGUCGGGGUGACCCAUCCUGGUGGUGUCUGGCAAGACAAUGGACCCAACAAUUCAACAAACAACAAUUCAACAGACGAGUUCCAUAAAGCUGGAGAAGCUGUGGUUGCUUAUUAUUACUCGGAGACAGGAUGGUUCUUUGUUGCCAACACAAUAGGAUUUGUGGCAUCACUAAGCACAAUACUGUUUCUAGUGACCGGAUUGCCUUUCAAGAAAAAGUUGUUUACGCGGAUCAUGGUGCUGACCAUGUGCAUCGCAGUUACAUCCAUAGCAUUUACAUACGCAUUUUCAAUCGCCUCAAUCACCCCGGAUUGGUUCUGGAACAUUGUCUCUAAGUGCAUUUAUUACGGUAUGAUAGUUUGGUGUGGGGUGAUCUGUGUUCUUGUGUUAAUCCACACCAUUCCCUUGUUGAAAAGGCGGUUGAAGGUCAGAUGGGAUCGUGUGCGGCCACGGAUGAAGUUAUUCAUGGAAUUCAUCCCAUGUUCAAUUAAUGGGAACGAGAACACAGUUUGAUCUUUAAUUAGCCUUAUCCGUGAGUUUGAAUUAGAAUGUGUUAAAUGUAUUGCCUUCUAGUUCCUGUUAUGGAAAUUGAAUAAUUUCUUCCAAGUGAAAUCACUUACAUAUGUUACUCUAUUUUUCAGAAAUGUGGUGUCUUGUUGCAGUUAGAUCUACCAUU